UCGACACUUGUUCAGUUUGGCUGUCUUCUAGCCACUGAAUUUCUUUACCCAUUUUUCUGUUUUUCGAAUCAAGAAAAAAAUGAAAAAACGAAUUGUGUUCUAGGGCUCCGGUCGCUCCUCGAAUGCUCGAAGUCGAAGGAUAAGAUUUGGGUUUGUGUUUGGGAGAUUAGCUUCAGUUUCAUAAGGAGCGGCGCCGAAAAGAUUACGAGUAAGCAACUCAUCCAAUAAUUCCAAUUUACGAAAUGCAAAUUUUAUGUGUCAGUCACAUUGAUGGAAAUAUGAGCCAUGCAAGAGAUUGUAUAAGAAGUUGGGUGAGACAUAAAAUGGAGUUUUCUGGAUCCAACUGGGAAUCCCUCUAUCUUGGCGUCUAAUUGAGUAAGGUGUUGAGGUGACUAAAUUACUACAACCAUAGAUGGAAGUUCUGACGUUCUGCAUCUUGUUUUAAAGAAAACAAUAAUGUUUCAUAUAGUCAAAUUGGAUAGAUUCAGUCAACUUCUGCAAGUUCCUCAAAAGCUCACAUUGUUUAUAACCCUUGCUUUUGAAUCAACCUGCUCCCUGCCUCAUAGUACUUUAGAAAAAGAAACUCCUGUUGAGAGAAUUACCAGAAUUAUUAAUGACCAUCAAUUCCCUGAUCAACCACUUCAACCUACUCUUUCUCUCCAUAUACCACCAUCUGCCCUUUCCACCCCCUUUGUGGAAAAUGUACUUGGUCGCCUCUUUGCAGCACAUUCCAAUGGCCUAAAAGCAUUCGAGUUCUUCAAAUUCUCUCUCCGCCACUCCCGGUCCUAUCCAAGUUCAGAUGCUUUUGAGAAGACGCUCCACAUCCUUACGCGAAUGCGCUAUUUUGAUAAAGCGUGGGAAUUGAUUGAAGAGAUCCAACGAACGCACCCUUCCUUGCUAACCCUCAAGUCAAUGAGCAUCAUUUUAUCUAGAAUUGCGAAAUUUCAAUCCUAUGAAGAAACCCUUGAAGCCUUUGAGAGGAUGGAGAAGGAUAUAUUUGUUGGGAGAAAGUUUGGUACCGAUGAGUUCAAUGUACUACUAAGGGCAUUCUGCACACAGAGGCAGAUGAAAGAGGCAAGGUCUGUGUUCAACAAGAUGCAUUAUCGAUUUUCUCCAAACACCAAGACCAUGAAUAUAUUGCUCUUGGGGUUCAAGGAAUCAGGAGAUGUUACUACAGUAGAACUUUUCUACCAUGAGAUGGUUCGAAGAGGCUUUAUGCCAAAUAGUGUAACUUAUAGUAUCAGAAUCGAUGCUUACUGUAAGAAAGGUUGUUUCAGUGAUGGUUUGAGACUUCUUGAAGAGAUGGAACAUAAGAAUUGCUUGCCCUCUGUAGAAAUUAUUACUACUUUGAUACAUGGUGCAGGGGUUGCCCGAAACACAGCCAAAGCAAGGCAGUUGUUCAAUGAAUUACCGAUGAGGAACUUACAACCUGAUAUUGGGGCUUAUAAUUCCCUCAUGAGCUCUCUCAUUAGAUCCAGAGACAUGAAGUCUGCAGCUGGCUUGAUGGACGAGAUGGAACAGAAAGGUAUUGGACACGACAAUGUUACCUACCAUACUAUGUUCUUAGGAUUGAUAAGAUUGGAAGGCAUUGAUGGUGUUUCUAAGCUCUAUCACAAGAUGAAAGAGAGAAAUUUUGUGCCCAAAACACGAACAGGGGUGAUGUUAAUGAAAUACUUUUGUGAAAACAGCAGGCUCGAUUUUGGGUUGGAUUUGUGGGAGUACCUAGUGGAGAGAGGGUACUGCCCUCACGGUCAUGCAUUGGCUCUUCUGGUCACGGCAUUGUGCUCCCGUGGGAGAGUGCAUGAAGCUUUCAAGUGCUCAAAACAAAUGUUGGAGAGAGGCAGGCAAAUGAGCGACGCAGUUUUCCGGAUGUUGGAGAGGUCCUUGCUGCAGGCAGGGGAUGUAGACGAGUUGAGUAAGCUUCAGCAAAUGGCACGGAGAUUACAAAAUGUUUUGCCCCCCUCAGGAGGGCAUGAUACUGGCAUACCAUCACCUCUAAUAUAAAGUUUCUUCAAGCCAAGAUCUGCUUUUAUUCUCUACCGUUGGAUCCCAAUCGUGUCUCUGUGUUCAGGUACUGAAGAUAUUAAGAAGGGAGCAAUGCAUGGAUGAAUGGGCGAAUUCUGAGUUUGGGAGGAAUAAUUUUGAAAACCGAAAAAGUAAUGAUGAUGAAGUUUUAUCCAGAUUAAGCGCCAAGUCCGGUGUGGGUGUCGUGUUCCUUGAUGUGGAGGGCAAUUCCACAUCUUUCAGUGGCAUGGAUCAAAGCAACGGACUUUCCCUAGAGAAUUACUUGAAAGGAAGAUGGAGUCUUUCAUCGAGCUUAGAUUUGCUUCUUUGUAUUUUAUUUAAAUAGCUUUUAUUUGUUUAUAAGAAAUUUAUGCUACCACCUCAGCUAGGAAGGUGUGGAGUUUAUCCCUGUACAAUCAAGGAAAUAAGAAAUUUGCACCCAUGAUGAGGUGGUUUAUGAAUAGAAGAAACCUAGGAUACAAGAUGGGUUCAAGUUUGGAACACAAAA